CUUCUUCUCCCUUCUUCAGUAUCCCAAAUCUUCUUUCCUAUAGCCUUUUCUUUUUGUGUUUGAUUUGUAUCUGUGUAUUUGUAAAAGAAAAUUUCACAAACAAUGGAGCUUGAGCUUCAAGGUCAACCCGGUUCCAGUGGAUUGGGCUCCAGCGGAUCGCAUGUGGUUAGCAUCCAUGAUGAGGAGCUGCCCAGGCACACCCGAUUUCUUAGCCCAUCUCCUUCUGUGGACUACAAUGCCUACUACAAGCUAAGGCCACCAGAGGUGCCAAAGGAUGUGAACAAGGACAUCAUGUCUAGCUUACAAAAACAAGUAGAUGACUAUGACAAUCCAAAACAAAAACAAGAAGACAACCAUAACAAGCCAAAGCUCAGGACAAAGUUUACUUAUUCAGAGAAGUGGAUCUUUUUCCUCAUUAGCCUUGGGCUAGAGACUAUUUCAGCUUCUUUUGAUCAGCUUUCGUCCCCAAGUAAGCCCCACUAUGCACUAUAUGGUAUGUUGUUGGCUAUUGCGGCCGUACUCAUUUGCAUCUGUGAGCUCAUUCACAAGGGUUACAGAGAAAGAGUUGAAUUCAAGAGCUGGGGAAGGAUAUGGUGGUAUUAUCAUCCAUAUCCACCAAACAGGCUUUUUGGUAAUUUUCCUGACAUUUGUGGGCUAGUUCUUGCCAUCGCUCAAAGCAUUUGCUCUGGGGUUCAGUAUGAUUACCUCCAUCGACAUGCUAAUAAUCCUAUCAAACUAUCCAUUUUGCCUUUCAUGUUUCUUUUAUCUUUGGGUAUUUCGAGAUGUUGUAAAGAUUAGCAAAAUAAGGGAAAGAUCAUUGUAUUGAGGUACUUAGUAUUAAUAUAUGUAUUUGGUGUGAUGUUGGCUAUUGCUGCUGUACUGACUUGCAUCUGGGAGACAAAGACCCCAGCAAAGGCUAUUUGGUGAUGUUCUUGACAUUUUUGGAUUACUUGGUGCCAUCUCUCGGUGUCUGCGCUCGACAGUUCAGUAUGUUUACUUCAUUCGGCAUCAUCAAAAUCCUCUCAAAGCCU